AUGUCCAAACCAGACCGCAAGGAAAGCGACUCGUUCGGUGCUCUGGAUAUUCCGGGUGACAAAUACUACGGCGCGCAGACAGCCCGCUCGCUCAUCAACUUUCCGAUCGGCGGUGAAACCAUGCCGCUGCCGCUGGUGCAUGCACUCGGGAUCAUCAAACAGGCCGCGGCACGGGUGAACAAGGACCAGGGCAAGCUGGCACCGGAUCUGGCAGCGGCCAUUGAUCAGGCCGCCGGCGAGGUUGCCACCGGAAAGUUUGACGACAAUUUCCCGCUGGUUGUCUGGCAGACCGGGUCGGGCACGCAAUCGAACAUGAAUGCAAAUGAAGUGAUCGCCAACAGGGCGAUUGAAAUACUUGGCGGCAAGAUCGGGUCGAAGACACCUGUGCACCCCAACGAUCAUUGCAACAUGAGCCAGUCGUCCAACGACACGUUUCCAACGGCAAUGCACAUUUCCGCCGCUCGUGAAAUCCAGAUGUCUCUCCUGCCCGCCCUUGCCCACCUUAAGGCGGCCCUGAGCGCGAAGUCGGAAGAAUGGGCGGAUAUCGUCAAGAUCGGGCGAACCCACACCCAGGAUGCGACGCCGCUCACGCUUGGUCAGGAAUUCGGCGGCUAUGCCGCUCAGAUCGAAAAAGGAAUCGGCCGCGUCGGCGAAGCAUCCGACGGCCUUUAUGAACUUGCGCAGGGGGGGACGGCCGUUGGCACCGGCCUCAACACCAAAAAGGGCUUCGCCGAGAAAUUUGCCGCAGAAGUCGCAACCAUUUCCGGCCUGCCUUUCCGGACCGCACCCAACAAGUUCGAGGCACUUGCAGCACACGAUGCCUAUGUCUAUGCGCAUGGCGCGCUAAACACCGUUGCGACGUCCCUUUUCAAGAUCGCGAACGACAUCCGGCUGCUGGGGUCCGGACCGCGCUCCGGGCUUGGUGAACUGUCGCUACCCGAAAACGAGCCCGGGUCGUCCAUCAUGCCGGGCAAGGUCAACCCGACCCAGUGCGAAGCCAUGACCAUGGUGUGCGCGCAGGUCUUCGGCAACGAGACGACGAUGUCCAUUGCCGGCAGCCAGGGCCAUUUCGAACUGAACGUCUACAAGCCCGUCAUGGCCUACGCGAUGCUGCAAUCGAUCCGGUUGCUGUCGGACGCAUGCAUCAGUUUUACCGAUCGCUGCGUUGCCGGCAUCACGGCAAACGAAGACAACAUCAAGGCCCUGAUGGAACGAUCGCUGAUGCUGGUGACUGCACUGGCACCUGCCAUCGGAUAUGACAAGGCAACCGAGAUCGCGAAAACCGCGCACAAGAACGGCACGUCGCUGCGGCAAGAGGCUCUCAACCUGGGUUAUGUCACCGCCGAGGAAUUUGACCGGCUCGUCCGCCCGGACCAGAUGAUUUCCCCCGGUUAA